UGAAUUGUCAGAUCUUCUCCUCCACAAGAAGAACUGUACUAAAAAUCAAUUAGUUUUAAUCGUCCAUGAGAGCCCAGCCACCCCACCCGACACCUUCUCUCCCAGUCCCCCUCCCGAUAAUCCCGACGAACAAAUGAAUGACACCGCUAACAAAACAGAUCAGGCCGAAGGCUGCGACCUCCCAGAACGCAGCGGAGGCGACAGGGAGGAGUCCAUGGAGGUGGAGGCCCCGGUGGCGGCUCACAAGGGUGGCAGCGGCGGCGCUUUGGGUGGGGGCGGGAGCGGGGUCACCCCAGGCUGCAGCGGCGGCCCCUCUGCAGGUACCUCAGCGAUCACAACCUCUCUACCUCAACUCGGGGACCUGACGGCACUGGGCAACUUCUCCGUGAUCAACAGCAAUGUCAUCAUCGAGAACCUGCAGAGCACCAAGGUGGCGGUGGCCCAGUUCUCGCAGGAGGCGAGGUGCGGCGGGGCCCCCGGGGGCAAGCUGGCUGUCCCCGCCCUCAUGGAGCAGCUCCUGGCCCUGCAGCAGCAGCAGAUCCACCAGCUGCAGCUGAUCGAACAGAUCCGUCACCAAAUACUGCUGUUGGCCUCUCAGAACGCGGACUUGCCAACAUCCUCUAGUCCUUCUCAAGGUACUUUACGAACAUCUGCCAACCCCUUGUCCACACUAAGUUCCCAUUUAUCUCAGCAGCUGGCGGCGGCAGCUGGACUGGCCCAGAGCCUCGCCAGCCAGUCGGCCAGCAUCAGCGGUGUGAAGCAGCUGCCCCCGCUCCAGCUACCUCAGAGCACGUCUGGCCACGCCAUCCCACCCAACGGCGGCUCUUCCCCCGGCAUUAACCUUCUGGCGGCAGCGGUGACCACCCCGUCCUCGGAGAAGGCGGCUCCGAGCGCCGGCGCCUCCCACUCCGGCGACCAGGCGGCCCCAGCGUCAUCGUCACCAGCUUUUGCAAUAAGCAGUUUAUUGAGUCCUGCAUCUAAUCCACUUCUACCUCAGCCGGCCCCCGCUAACUCGGUUUUCCCCAGCCCUUUGCCCAACAUCGGAACGACUGCCGAGGAUUUAAGCUCCCUGUCGGCCUUGGCCCAGCAGAGAAAAAGCAAGCCACCAAAUGUCAGCGCCUUCGAAGCGAAAAGCGCUUCGGAUGAGGCGUUCUUUAAACACAAGUGCAGGUUCUGCGCGAAGGUCUUUGGGAGCGACAGUGCCUUGCAGAUCCACCUGCGCUCCCACACCGGGGAGAGGCCGUUCAAGUGCAACAUCUGUGGGAACAGGUUCUCCACCAAGGGGAACCUCAAAGUUCACUUUCAGCGCCACAAAGAGAAGUACCCUCAUAUCCAGAUGAACCCCUAUCCCGUGCCUGAGCAUCUGGACAAUAUCCCCACGAGUACCGGCAUCCCAUACGGCAUGUCCAUUCCUCCGGAAAAGCCGGUCACCAGCUGGCUAGACACCAAACCGGUCCUGCCCACGCUGACCACCUCGGUCGGCCUACCGUUGCCCCCCACCCUCCCAAGCCUCACACCCUUCAUCAAGACCGAAGAGCCAGCCCCGAUCCCCAUCAGCCAUUCGACCGGCAGCCCCCCAGGCUCGGUCAAAAGUGACUCCGGGGUCCCUGAGGUGGCCAUGAGAAACCCGAGUGGGCUUGCAGAGGAGGCCGAAGGGUCCACUGUGCUACCAUCCGGCGGCAAAAGUGAAGAUGGCAGCAUGGCCCCCACUAUGGCCCCCACUUUGGCCCCGGCAGCCAGUGGCAGCUCGCUGAGCUCCCCAGCGGCAGCGGAAGGUGGCCUGGGUACCCGGGCCCCCGCUUUCACCAACCCCUUGUUGCCGCUCAUGUCUGAGCAGUUCAAGGCCAAGUUUCCUUUUGGGGGACUCUUGGACUCAGCCCAGGCAUCGGAGACCUCUAAGCUCCAGCAGCUGGUAGAGAACAUUGACAAGAAGGCCACCGACCCCAAUGAGUGCAUCAUCUGCCACCGGGUCCUCAGUUGUCAGAGCGCCUUGAAGAUGCACUACCGGACGCACACCGGGGAGAGGCCCUUUAAGUGUAAGAUCUGUGGCCGGGCUUUCACCACGAAAGGGAACCUCAAAACCCACUACAGUGUCCACCGCGCUAUGCCCCCGCUCAGAGUCCAGCACUCCUGCCCCAUCUGCCAGAAAAAGUUCACGAACGCUGUAGUCCUGCAGCAGCACAUCCGCAUGCACAUGGGAGGCCAGAUCCCCAACACCCCAGUCCCUGACAGCUACCCCGAGUCCAUGGAGUCCGACACGGGCUCCUUUGAUGAGAAGAAUUUCGACGACCUGGACAACUUCUCCGACGAGAACAUGGAGGACUGUCCUGAGGGCAGCAUCCCCGAUACGCCCAAGUCCGCCGAUGCUUCCCAGGACAGCUUAUCGCCCUCGCCUUUGCCCCUGGAGAUGUCGAGCAUCGCUGCUUUGGAAAACCAGAUGAAGAUGAUCAAUGCCGGCCUGGUAGAGCAGCUGCAGGCCAGCCUGAAGUCCGUGGAGAACGGCUCCGUCGAGGGGGACGUGCUGACCAACGAUUCGUCCUCGGUGGGCGGCGAUAUGGAGAGCCAGAGUGCUGGCAGCCCGGCCAUCUCAGAGUCUACCUCCUCCAUGCAGGCUCUGUCGCCAUCCAACAGCACCCAGGAGCCCCACAAGUCCCCCAGCGUGGAGGAGAAGCCACAGAGAGCAGUCCCAAGUGAGUUCGCCAAUGGUUUGUCCCCCAUCCCCGUGAACGGCGGGGCUCUGGAUUUGACCUCUAGUCACGCUGAGAAAAUCAUCAAGGAAGAUUCUUUGGGGAUCCUCUUCCCUUUCAGAGACCGGGGUAAAUUUAAAAAUACUGCUUGCGACAUUUGUGGCAAAACCUUUGCUUGUCAGAGUGCCUUGGACAUUCACUACAGAAGUCAUACCAAAGAGAGACCAUUUAUUUGCACGGUUUGCAAUCGCGGCUUUUCCACAAAGGGUAAUUUGAAGCAGCACAUGUUGACACAUCAGAUGCGGGACCUACCAUCCCAGCUCUUCGAGCCCAGCUCCAGCCUCGGCCCCAAUCAGAACUCGGCGGUCAUCCCCGCCAACUCACUGUCAUCUCUCAUCAAGACAGAGGUCAACGGCUUCGUGCAGGUCACUCCUCAGGACAGCAAGGACACCUCCACCGGUCACGUCCCCUCCGGGCCUCUGUCCUCCUCUGCCACGUCCCCAGUCCUGCUCCCGGCUCUGCCCAGGAGAACCCCCAAACAGCACUACUGCAACACGUGUGGCAAAACCUUCUCCUCGUCGAGUGCCCUGCAGAUUCACGAGCGAACUCACACUGGAGAAAAACCCUUUGCUUGCACUAUUUGUGGGAGAGCUUUCACGACAAAAGGCAAUCUGAAGGUACACAUGGGCACUCAUAUGUGGAACAGCACGCCUGCGCGCCGGGGUCGGCGGCUCUCUGUGGAUGGCCCCAUGACCUUUCUAGGAGGCAAUCCUGUCAAGUUCCCAGAAAUGUUCCAGAAGGAUUUGGCGGCCAGGUCAGGAAGCGGGGAUCCUUCCAGUUUCUGGAACCAGUAUGCGGCGGCACUCUCUAACGGGCUGGCCAUGAAGGCCAACGAGAUCUCUGUCAUUCAGAAUGGCGGCAUCCCUCCAGUGCCUGGGAGCCUCGGCAGCGGGAGCAGCUCACCUGUCAGUGGGCUGACGGGAAAUCUGGAGAAGCUCCAGAACUCAGAGCCCAGCGCUCCGCUGGCCGGCCUGGAGAAGAUGGCCAGCAGUGAGAACGGAACCAACUUCCGUUUCACCCGCUUCGUGGAGGACAGCAAGGAAAUUGUCACAAGCUAAAGCAACCCUGGCUGGAGAAAUGGCAGCCCCCUUCCAGAGGGAGACCCACUAUUGCCUCCUCCCCCUCCACCCCAUCCCUCCUGGCUCCCCCAGAUCUAUGAACUACAACAUGAUGAAGACAUUCUUUUGUACCUUGUUCAACUUCUAGAGUUAUAAGAAAGCUUAUUUAUUAGUGAUAUAACCUUGCUUUGCAAACAGAAUGCAAGCGUUAACUUUGGUCUUCUGUAUUUUGGACUAAAUACUAAUUGACUAGAGCGCUGUAACAUUUAUGGCAAUCGCAAGUUGCCCUGCUAGGCGGUCUUAAUCUGGCAUUAACUUAUUUUCUAUAUCCGGUUUAAUAUGAAUCUGGUGUUAAUGCAAUGCCUCAAUGAUGCAUUAGAUCUCUAAUAAAGUCUGUAUAUAAAUGUACACUUUGAUCCUGCUGGAAAAUUUUAUCAGCAAACACAUUGUCUAAUCUUUCUAAACAAAUUGAAACAAAGGACUGGAAGUACAGACUGAUCAAUGUGGUUCUUUGAAAGGUUUGGGGUUUUUUUUGUUGUUUGUUUUUUUUGUUUUUUGGGGUUUUUUUUUUUAAUCUAAAAUUCAACCUGCUUUUUUUUUUGGUAGAUUUAACCAUUUCCGUUUUGAACUGUUCUUUGUAUUGUGCUUUUUACUUGAGUCGUCCUCAAUGUUGAUAAGUUUCUGUACAGUAAUAAGCACGCAGAAUUCUUUAGAGAAAAUACAAGUGUUGUUUUGGUAGUUGAAACUGAGACGUAACAUUUUGCCUUGUAGGUAUAUUCACAAUAGAAAAUUUGUGCUGGAAUUUCACAAUGCUGCUAAGUAUAGCAUCUUGAACAACCUUCAGUGGAGAAAAUGUAGAUGCUCUUGUAUAUACAAUAAGAAAUAUCACUUUCAUUAAAAUGUACAUAUGUUCCUUACAAGAGCAAAUGCUUCUUCUUGAUCAAGAGAGCAGGUAUAGUGUUCGUUUAUUUUGUAUUAGGUAUGGAAGAAAAAAAUUGGACUGUUACAUGCACUUUCUUGGAAAGUUGAAAGGAAGGGGGGGUCCAAUUUCUUUAACAUUUAAUACUUACUAACAACAGAAAUACUGUAAUUUUACUCAAGUAAUCAAAUACAUUUUUUUUGCAACAGA